CUCGUCGACUCUUCCUCGCUUUGCCCGGCUGCCUGCCUGUCACUUUGUUUUGGCUCCAUGGUCCUCAACCAUUGAAUCGAUUGCGCAUCUCCAUUACCCUCCCCUCCUUACUCUACCCGUCGACCCCGAACCGGGGAUUUCCUUCCUCGCUCUCCACUUUAUUUUUCGCAUCCAGACCCCCAUUGCUCCUCAACACUCACUCCCCUCCAAUCGCACAAUGUCUUUCAAAUUCUCCCUCGAGUCGAGCCCGCCGUCGACUCCGGGCCAUUCCCGCAGUCUGUUCAGCAAUCUAUCAGAAACCCCUGCGGGUGAUCCGCCCUCCGCAUCCAAGUCUUUUACUCCGCAAGGCCAUCCGUCCAGCAGCGUCUUCGGGAGCUCCCAGAUGAGUUCCGGAUCUCUCUUCACCAAAUCCGGGAACAUCAAUCCCAAUGACAGCAUCUUCGGUUCCUCCAUCGCUUCCGCCGAUUUUGCCCUUCCCCGAGGGAAGAAGACCACCCAAACCAAGUCCUUUGCAGCAUCGCAAUCUCUGUUCAGUAUCACCAAUGGGAGCCGAUUCGCCGAGUCAACUAGCUUUGGGAAAUCUAAUCGCUUCGCGGACUCGCAAAUGGAUGAAGAUGCCGAUCAAGAUGCGGAAGGAGAGGAGGAUGUGUUGCCGGAGGAAGAAGUAGAAGAGACAGGCGACACAAUGGACAUGGGGAUUUCACAAAAGGAUCCUGCGCCGCGCUUUAGCUUCCUGGACUCUCAGCUUGGUGAUUCGAUUGCCGCGCCUCCCGCCACUCUCGGUCAACGAAAAUCGAUCUACUCAAACCCAACUAACGCGAAGCGGCCAAAGCUCGACGAGCAGUGGGCGAACAAGUCACCUUUGCGCAAAGGGAAACUGUCGCCUAAGAAAGACUCCGCUAUGCCAUCGAUCGUGCGGAAUUUUGCCUCACGAUCGCGCCUGGCUGCAGUGAAAGAGUCAAGCGAAUUCAUCAUGAGCACGGAGGACGAAAUCUGUCGCAUGUACGACGAAGUGAAGCAGUCCGAACUGAACGGCGCGGACUUUGAGACCGCUCUUUCGGACGCUUGCGACAGGCUGGUCACUGUGUGGAAGACAUCUACAAACCCGAACGGCUUGGAGCAGAGUACAGGGGCUGGCAUUGGUCCGGGAGACCAUGCCUCGAGCGUUGCGAAAGCAACUUUCUUAGCUUCCCUACUUCUUCAGCUCCACCAUCCUCCUCGGUUGGCAGCUAAGCCAAGUCUUCUGAGUCCCCUGGGAUUUCCAGCACGCAACCUGUUACUGGCCGCCCCUCGGACGAACUCCCCUACGCCUUUGCCCAAGCUCCUCCUUGACUGGCUGGAUGCCAACCAUAUGCCUCUGACAGCGGAGCUGCAAGCUUUGAGAGAGGUCGAGCCCAAUCCUUCGGCAUCGUCAAACUUCUGGGAAAUCAUCAAUGCCGCUGUACUACGGGGCCAUCUCUCCGAGGCCGCGGAACUUCUGCGGUCGGCCGAUUUCAACUACGCGAGGUCGGCCCUAGAGGAUGGAAUACCGCAGUCCGGUUACCGUGGCGCGCAGCUGCAGAACAUCCAGCGGUGCGUCAACCGGGCCCUUCAAAUUCUCGAGUCAUGUCCGAGCGUGCAGCACGGUGACUGGGACAUUCGAGGCUCCGAUUGGGCACUGUAUAGGAAACGAGUGCUUGCCGCUGUGUCGGAUCUGGAGGAAUUUGCUGAAGGCAACGAGCAGCCUUCCCCCGAGCCUCCCGCCGCCGAGAACCGCUUCCAGGCAGUUAACUUUGGACUGAAGGCCACUCCUGCUGCCCCUAUGUUCUCUUUUGCUCAGAAUGCGCGCAUGGCAGAGAGCAAAGUUCCUUGGACGAUCUACCAGAACCUUCGAUCCCUGUAUCGCAUCAUCCUCGGCGACACGAGCGUGGUCAUGAACCACGCGCAGGACUGGAUUGAAGCCACUAUUGGGAUGACCGUGUGGUGGGAUGGUGAGGACGACGAGGAGGGUUCUAAUAAUGACUUCGGCGCCAGCACCAACCUCCUGUUCUCCCGACUCUCCAAACCCCAAGCUUCACCUGCCAAUGCAAGACAUGCCUAUCUCCGCCGCCUCGAUCUGGCCUUCAGCCAUGCAACCAAUGCGGAAACCGACGACGCUGGUUUCCGGAUCAACUCGUUGAGCAGCCUUGAAGUCGGGCUGGCUUCCGUAUUCGAGGGUAAUGUAGAAGGUGUGUUGGAAUUGCUGCAGACGUGGUCGCUGUGUGUAGCGUCCGCCGUCGUCGAGGUCGCGGCCAUUGGCGGCUGGCUAGACCCCGGCGCCGGUGCCAAAUCGCUGCCAGGCCUGAGCGAGGAUGACUUGAUGGUCCUUUCUUAUGGACAGGAUGGCAAUGCCCCCUCACGUCGUGUCCACAAGAACGAUGUGAUCAGCGCUUAUGCAUCGGGGCUGUCCCAACGCGCCACCGUGGAGUGUGAAUCGGGCGCGCGAGAAGGAUGGGAGGUCGCCAUCGAGGUUCUGAGCCGCUUGGACGAUCGCGAGAAGAUGCAGAAGAGUGUUGCAGAACUGCUGGAUAAGCUUCCCCUCAACACUUCCGAGCAGGUGGACAAAGUGGUUCUGCUGUGCUCCGAACUUGACCUGGACAUUGAGGGCAGGAAGGUUUCCGAGCGCUUUGGUGACGACACGGUGGCCAAGUCCCAAGACUAUGGCCUGGCCCUUCUCUGCUAUGCUCGCGCCCACAACCGACGCAAGGUCAAGUCGAUUGUCGACCUGCUCAUCUCCUACAGUCUGGUUCAGUCCCGCGCCUAUCCCGAAUCCACCGACUUGGACGAGCAGCUUGAAGCUCUGAUCCGGGAACCCAAGCACUGCUUGUCAGCAGUUGCCGUCACCGAUGAAGAGGCCGCUUCCAUCCUCCAGUACUACUUCAGCGGAUAUGCGACCCUGCGUCGCUUCUACGAGACGCGUGACGAGGCCGUCAGUCUCCAGGAGGGACAGCGACCGCGGUUCAAGCCUUUAGCCAGACGGCGCGCAGCAGCCCAGGCCCUGGUGGCGGUCAUUGGCAGCGCCGCCGACAGCAUCUACGGUGGAUUGUACGACCCGGAUCGUGACGCCGUGAUCCAAGUCGAUGGCCUGUUGACUUUGCUCGGCGAAGCACUGCCCUUCAUCGAUCAACCCACUCCGCUCCUCUCCGUCUCCCAACAAUUCACCAUCCUCUCCGCCAUCGAAGAUCUCCAAACCGUGACGCCACGCGUCUACGCGCAGUGCGAGGAGUGCUUCCGCUCCACACUCAUCCAGUACCACUCGUCCAAGCGCGCCCACACCUCCGACUCCUUCGUCCUCCCGCCCUCCCCGCGCGCCAUGCUCAAGAAGUCCGUCUCCGCGCUCACAGCAUCCAGCACCUUCUCCCUAAUCGGCAGCGACAUGAUCGAGUCCGCCCGCACCCGCUCCGGCUCCGGCUCCGGUUCCGUCGGCAGCUCAGGCGUCCUCGUCCCUCGCUCCGACGCCGAAGCCGCCACCACCGCACGCGGCUGGGACUGGCGUGCCGGCCUGCCUGAGGACGCCGCAGGCGAGGACAUCCUGCGCAUCCUCCGCCUCGGUCUCGCCAAGGGCCUCAGCCACGGUGCUCUCGGCUCCAUCUAAAUUAGUUCCCUCGGAUAAACGAAGAGAAAAAGCUCGGUGUUGUUGUAUUUUAUAUCAUCUACAUCCUUAUAUUCUUUGAUCUGUGUCCAAUCUCUCUCUCUCUCUCUCUCUCUCUCUCUCAUCAACACCGAUGGCACCAGGGAGGCUAUCUGGUUCGUCUUGAUAUACUGUAUGCAUAAUAUAGCUAGCUAGCUUAGUAGUAGGGUUGGGUGACUGCAAGGGGUGGUGCAUGGAGGAGUUGACAGAUGGAGCAAUCUUACUCUCAAGACAAGACUUUCAAAUCAACUGUGUUUUUUUUUCCGUCCACACACAGUAA